UUUAGUGGGACUCAGACAUACAGCAGACCGGCUGUCCCAAGCUGCGCUGAUCCUUUACUCUCCUGCACCAAGCUGAAGCCCGCCUGCUGCCUCCUCUUUGUCACUGGCCACCUGCCUCUCCAGGAAUAAAGUACACGGCGGCAUCACCAAAGCAAGGAGGCAAGGAGAGAUCCUGACUUGUGUCAACUCCGCGUCCUGUGGGAGGACGGGCUGCGCACAGUGCGCGCUUGGCGACUGACGGGUUUGUUGUCGUUACCAGGAGAGAAGAGCAGAGCGAGCGGAGCGAUAGCCAGUCCUGCUCCCACUACACAGGGAAGCCCCCUCGGAGGAGACGCCACUUGCAUGGAUGCACCAUGGCCACGUUUGUCUGCAGGGUUCAGUUUUUAGAUGACACCGAUCCGUUCAACAGUACCAAUUUCCCGGAACCGACCAGACCACCGCUGUACACCUUUAGAGAGGAUAUCCCCCUCAUCAACCAGCUAGCAGGCGUCCACAGGCUCCUCAAAGCUCCGCACAAGCUCGAUGACUGUGCACUUCAGCUUUCACAUAAUGGAACCUACCUGGAUCUUGAAUCCUCUCUGGCUGAGCAAAGGGAUGAGCUGGAGGGCUUUCACCAGGAUGACACAGGAUCCAGAGGAAAGAAGCACAGUGUUAUUUUACGAACUCAGCUGACUGUCCGUGUACACGCCUGCAUUGAAAGACUGUAUAACUCCAAUGGGCGUGACUUGAGAAGGGCACUGUUUUCUCUGAAGCAAAUUUUUCAGGAUGACAAAGACCUGGUUCAUGAGUUUGUGAUGGCAGAGGGUCUGACAUGUCUCAUCAAGGUGGGAGCAGAAGCUGAUCAGAACUACCAGAACUACAUAUUAAGAGCCCUGGGACAGAUCAUGCUAUAUGUGGAUGGGAUGAACGGUGUAAUUGGCCACCCCGAGACAAUCCAGUGGCUCUACACUCUUGUUGGUUCAAAGUUCCGUCUGGUGGUGAAAACAGCUCUGAAGCUGUUGCUGGUGUUUGUGGAGUACUCUGAGUCUAACACCCCGCUGCUGAUACAAGCCAUCACCUCUGUGGACACAAAGAGAGGCUGCACGCCGUGGUCCAAUGCUAUGGAGAUUUUGCACGAGAAGGAUGGAGUGGACACAGAGCUGCUGGUCUAUGCCAUGACCCUUGUCAAUAAGACACUUGCAGCACUUCCAGACCAGGAUUCCUUCUAUGACAUGGUGGAUGGUCUGGAGGAACAAGGAAUGGAGACAGUUUCCCAAAGACACCUAGGGCGGAAAGGGACUGAUCUGGACCUGGUUGAGCAGCUCAACAUCUAUGAGAUGACCCUAAGGCAUGAAGACGGUGAUGACGACAGUCAGCCUCCACCGAUGGGCCGGCGAGAUCGGAGACGGGCCAGUCUCGGGGGUGGAGACAAAAAGCGUGGCCUGGAGAGGAGGCGAAGUAGAAGAGCUUCUCUUGGGCGAUCUGGUCAGGCCUCCCCAUGCAGCCCUGCAUCACCUCAGAGAGCUGGCUUCCAGCCAUUCAGUGGACACAGAGCUGAGGACAUGAGCGAGAGAGCACUGUCAGGUUUCCUUCCAUCCAUAGAGGAGGAAUGUGAGAAUAGCAAAGAGGGGGAGGAGGAGGAGGAAGACGAGACUCCUGUGACUGAGUCUGAUUCGGAUGAGCAGGAGGGGGCUAAUCAGACCACCCUCAGCCCGGCUAGGCCUCUUCCAUCCAUCGUUCACAGAACAACCCUCCAAUCCAUCACCAUCACUACCAGAAAGGAGUAUUUAAAAGAGGAGGAAGAGAAGAAUAGGGCAGAACUACUUCCGCCCACGCCCUCCCCUUCUACACCCACCACCUCUCCUCCCGUCUCCUGCACUGUCAGUCCUCCAGCUCAGCCGUCCCUCCUGUCCACCCUGCUGGCCAGGAAAAAGUCUAUAGUCACUGUCCCGGCAACCAAGGAGGUCAGCCCACCAUCCCGUGGCGUCUCUCGUCCUUCACCUGACCGCCUGCCUUACCUGCCUCACACGCCCUUCCACCUCUUCUCAUAUGAUUUCGAUGAGGAGCCGUCACCCUCGGCUCCAGCUAAACCCAGUGAGGACUCACCCAGAGCGACAUCUCCCAGGAAUGGAGGUCUCAUGUCCUACUCCUCCCUCAGCACCUCAAGUACACCAACCAGUCCCAGGCCCACUUUGGGAGGUCUCCUGUCCUCCUCAUAUAGACAGCACCAAGAGUCUCUGGCAGCUGAGCGAGAGCGCCGUCGUGUGGAGAGAGAGGAAAGACUGCUGAAGAUAGAAAGAGAAGAGAGGAACAAGCACAGCCGCGGCUAUGUGGAUAAAAUGGAAGAGGCCAGGCUUGCGCGGGAGGAGAGGUAUAAGAACGUGGAGCGUCUGGCUGCAGAGGAAUACGAGAAGGAGCGUGUCCGGGUGUCAAGAACUCACCCCGACCUCAACCUGACCUUUGAACCCUCGGACGCCUGGCCCUCGUCAUCACGCAGCAGCACCCCGUCAUCCUUCGCCUCCCAGGAGGACGCAGAGGCCGAUCUUGACGCCGAGGCCCCCAUCACUCCCUCUGAGGCUGGAGAAGCUGAUGAAUCCAGCACCAGCAUAGAAACAGAGGAAAAAGAGGCUGACGAGGAGGAGGAAGAGCAGAAAGAAGAGGAAGUGCAGAAGGAAGUGGCAGUGGAAACAGAGGAAGAAGUCCAAGAACUCAAAAAGGAACCGGAGAAGGAGAGAGAGGAGCCUGAGGAGGACAGUGGCAUCCUCAGUGACAAAGAACGACAGAAUGAGGAAGUGAACGAAAAGGACAACUGCUCAGCCUCCAGCAUCUCCUCUGCCAGCAGCACUCUGGAGAGAGAGGAGAGAGGGAACAGUGACAAUGGCUGUAAGGAGGCAGAGGUGAAUGACAAGUGCAACAAACUCCUCAACAGUAAACUCUUCAUGCUGGACAUGCUGUACUCCCAGAAGAAGAAGCCCAGCGAUGAGGAGGAGGAAGAGGAAGAAGAGGAAGUGGAGAAGGAGAAAGAGAAAGGAGACGGAGAGGACAGUGAGACACAUCAGAACGCUAGUGAACAACUGGACGACAGCCAGGAGAACAGCGACAGCGGCGACAAGUCAGACAGCCGCGGUAGCAUCCGUCAAUUUGCUGAGCGGUUUGGAGACCUGAUUAAGGGCCUUGGCUCACCCAUCCAGCACAUGGACAGCCCUGACAACGAGCCCCUUCCUGCCCCACCCAAAAAGGAAUCAGACACGAUCUGGGACCAGCUGCUGGCCAGCCCUCGAGAACUGCGCAUCGGGGACAUCAACUUCACCGACCUGACGGACGAGGAUGACAAGGACAUCCUGGAUUCCGUUUCGAUGGGAGGGUGUAGUGACCUCCCGCCUCCGCCGCCUCCUCCACCCUGCUUCCCACCACCCCCACCCAUGCUAGGCAGCUGCCCCCCACCCCCGCCCUUAAUUGGUAUUAUGAGGCCACCACCUCCUCCUUCAUUUAGCACUACUGUUCCAGUGCCUCCUCCCCCAGAACCACCUCUCUUCAACAAAAAGAAGAAGACCAUUAGACUCUUCUGGAAUGAGGUGCGUCCGACAGACUGUCAGUACAGGGACCACAAGCGGAGUGUGGACUCAUUCUGGUCCAAACUGGAACCAGUAAAGAUGGACACAGCCAAACUGGAACACCUGUUUGAGACAAAGUCUAAGGAAAUGCCUGUUACAAAGAAAACAGCAGCUGAUGGCAAACGUCAGGAGAUCAUUGUUUUGGAUUCAAAGAGAAGUAACGCCAUCAACAUUGGCUUGACAGUUCUGCCUCCACCUCGCACCAUCAAGACAGCCAUCCUUAACUUUGAUGAGUACGCUCUGAACAAGGAGGGCAUUGAGAAAAUCCUGACGAUGAUCCCAACUGAGGAGGAGAAGCAGAAGAUCCAGGAAGCCCAGCUGGCCAACCCUGAUGUCCCUCUGGGCUCUGCAGAGCAGUUUCUACUCACUCUAUCCUCCAUCAGUGAGCUGUCUGCCAGACUCCAGCUCUGGGCCUUCAAGAUGGAUUACGAAGCCACAGAGAAGGAAGUAGCAGAGCCCCUGCAGGAUUUAAAAGAGGGUAUGGAGCAGCUGGAGAAGAACAAAACCCUGCGCUACAUCCUCUCUACGCUGCUCUCAAUUGGAAACUUCCUCAAUGGCAGUAAUGCUAAAGGUUUCGAGCUGACAUAUUUGGAGAAGGUUCCAGAGGUUAAGGACACAGUCCAUAAGCAGUCUCUGCUCCAUCAUGCUUGCUCUGUAGUGGUGGAAAAUUUCCCUCAGAGCACUGACCUCUACUCUGAGAUAGGAGCCAUAACACGUUCCGCAAAGGUGGACUUUGACCAGCUGCAGGAGAACUUGUGUCAGAUGGAGCGGCGCUGUAAAGCCUCAUGGGACCACCUGAAGGUGAUCGCCAAGCAUGAGAUGAAGCCCCAGCUGAAGCAGAAGAUGUCCGACUUCCUCAAAGACUGUGCUGAAAGAAUCAUUAUCCUCAAGACUGUUCACCGCAGGAUCAUCAACAGGUUCCAUUCGUUCCUGUUGUUCCUCGGUCAUCCGCCCUACAGUGUGAGAGAGAUCAGCGUCCACAGGUUCAGUAAAAUCCUCAGUGAGUUUGCGCUGGAGUACCGAACCACCCGAGAACGCGUGCUGCAGCAGAAACAGAAACGGGCCGACCAUCGCGAACGCAAUAAGACAAGAGGAAAGAUGAUCAUGGAUGUGAACUCUCCUUCUGAUGAUGAAGAGGAGCGUGAGCAGUGUGCUCGGUAUGGCUCAAGCAGCAGCGCCCCCAGUGUCAGCCAGGAGAGUGAGCAGCCUCAGGCUCUUGGCCAUGCCGAGGAUGCCGCAGAGCAUGAGCACAUGAAAGCGGUGUUGAGAACCAGCCUCAGUGGCGGCGACAAGGAGGCAAGUGGGGUGCCAGGCCUUCGGACACGGACAAGAUCACGACCUGGGCGAGGAGGUCGCACCAUGCAGGCGUGGACUCCAGCAGUGGAGGAUGCUCAGAUAUGCCGAGAUGAUGCCGCUGAUGAAAUCAUGGAGCGUAUAGUGAGGUCGGCCACUCAGGGACCAGGAACCAGAACCCAGCCCAGAGAGAGGAGGAGGUCCAGGGUCAACCGCAAAUCAUUAAGACGGACUCUGAAAAACGGUCUGACACCAGAAGAAGCCCUUGCUUUAGGUCUAAAUGAUUCUCCAGAAUCCCAGAUGUGAUCAUCCACCUGUCCUCACAGCUGUCGAUGUCAGUGUAACAUCUGUCAGCUUGCAGCACACUUUAGAGCUGUGCUCCACCAGCCACAACUCCCAAGUUUUUGUCAGCUGCUAAUCUUGCCUAAUGUUUCUGAGUGAAGAAGCUGUAGCCAGGAUAGUGAUUUUUCUAUUUACAAAAAAAAAUGAAGAAAUGUGUCAUAUAAGGAGGGAGUUUUGUGAGGAAAGGGUAAACGCUGCCUUUUUAGAUAUCUAAAAAUUUUUUAGAUGAUGCAUUCGUCCAAAGGGAUAAUUUUUUUGUAAAUUUCUGCAGCUGUAACUUUUUCAUUUAUUUAAGCUGUGAAUUUGAAAAUGGGCUGAAGCAAAUACAUUGUCUAAAGAAAAUCACACAAAUAAAGAUGUUAAUAAGAAUUAGUCCAUGGAAAAUAUUUGCUUCUGCAGCUGCAAGGUACAGUUGCAUGGUUGUGUUAUGUAGGAAUGUGACAGGUUGUCAAUCUGAUGAGUGCCUUUCAUUUAAAAGGGACAGUGCUGUACCUUUUAACCAUCUCUUUGCUCUUGUCUUCACCUAGUACAGCUCAGAUGUCACAUUCACAGGUUUGAAUUGUAAUGGUACAAUUCAUUUUCUCAGUAUUUAUUUGCAAAGCUCUGACGUCUUGCACCUUAAUACGUAGUCUUUUGUGCUGAAACGACUGAUUGAGAACACAGGAAAAAAAUUACAAUUUUAUUUUAGAGGAACUGUUUGUAAAGUGUAAAAAGACAGAAGGAAACAGACGUUUUUUAAAAAGGAAGGACUUGCAGAGAAGUCUGCAGAAAAUGUAAAUGUAAAUGCCCUUGUCAGCUGCCAGGUCCUAGAUACUGUAGGUCUACAGUGUGCAUAUUUAGUGCAGUUUGAUGUCAUGUGUUAUUUUUGUAAGUUCUGUAGAAACUUGUUUUAUAGUCUGAGAAAAGAUUAAAAAAAAUGUUUUUCUGUGAAUUGUAAUUAAAAAGAGAGAUGUGCGUAUA